GGAUUUCUGACGGCGGAUGUGAUGUCAUGACGCAGUGAAGGGACGUCCCUGGACUGGUCCGUUGUGGGUCCUGCACGCCCGUGUGUGUGUGUGUGGGCGGGGUGCGUCAGUCUCUCUUGCCGGCGAGAUGGAGGCGCUGAACCGGGUGGUAAAGCCUAAAACAAAGAGGGCCAAAAGGUUUCUUGAGAAGAGAGAACCCAAGCUCACUGAAAAUACAAAAAAUGCCAUCCUCAUAAAAGGUGGAAAUGCAAACUUAACAGUGACUGAAACGCUUAAAGAUAUUUAUGCUCUGAAAAAGCCCUUUGCUGUACUGUACAAAAAAAAAAAUAUUACCAGACCUUUUGAGGAUCAAACAUCAUUGGAGUUUUUUUCUAAGAAGUCGGACUGUUCUUUGUUUCUGUUUGGUUCGCAUAAUAAGAAGCGGCCUAACAAUCUAAUAAUAGGUCGUAUGUUUGAUUAUCAUGUCCUGGAUAUGAUUGAGCUAGGCAUUGAGAAAUUUGUGUCACUAAAAGAUAUUAAGAACAGCAAGUGUCCGGAAGGAACAAAGCCCAUGUUGAUAUUUGCUGGUGACACAUUUGAUUUAAAUGAAGAAUACAGAAGAUUGAAAAGUCUUCUCAUUGAUUUCUUUCGAGGUCCUACUGUGCCCACUAUUCGCCUGGCAGGGUUAGAGUAUGUUCUGCAUUUCACAGCUAUGGAUGGCAAAAUUUAUAUGCGAAGCUACAAAGUGUUGCUGAAGAAGUCGGGAUGUAAAAUUCCGAGGAUUGAACUGGAAGAGAUGGGACCUUCAUUAGAUCUGGUGAUGAGGAGAACACAUUUGGCUUCAGAAGACCUCUAUAAAUUAUCUCUUAAACAACCUAAAGCCCUCAAGCCGAAGAAGAAGAAGAAUAUCUCUCACGAUGUCUUUGGUACGUCAUAUGGUCGGAUCCACAUGCAGAAACAGGAUCUCAGUAAAUUACAGACGAGGAAGAUGAAAGGAUUAAAGAAGAGACCUGCAGCAAAGAUGACUGAAGAAGAUGAAGGGAUUAGUCCAAAGAAAUUAAAAUCAGUCUGAGAGGAUAAAAGUUUUGGACUCUUGAUAACUUCAGCUUUUGCUGUAUUUGUCACAAAAUAAAUGUGGCAGAUGUGGACCAGUCAGCUGCCUUUUUUUUUUUUUUUUUUAAAUGCUGUAAUCCUGUAAUUAUUUUUAAUGCAUAGUCCUACAAAAGUGAACUUCAGUGGUGUUGGGCUGUACAGUGACAUUAUUUCCUCAGUUGUCUGAAGCUCAAUAUGCUUAUUUGGAGAAAUCAGUAGAACUAAUUAUUGAAGAAAGCCAAUUAUCUAAUAGUUUACCAAAUGGCCUUCUAGGGUUUUUAUCCUGGGGACUCUUGUUAGACUAGUCUUGUCAUAUAAACUUUCUAGGAACUAAGCUGUUAGCGUGUAAAUGCUGGCCUUGAUUUGUUUUCAGCUAAUGUUAAAGGUAUUUUGACUGUUGCAUAAUUUUGUGAAUACUCACCGCUAACUUAAUAAACUUUGGACUAUUUUAUUAA